GGAGCGCACACCGCGGGGCAAGUCGGUGCCUCCGGAUCCCCGCGCUGCUGGUGAGAUCGCCGGCGGUAGCCUCGCUUCUGCAAAGACGCGCGAUGAACCGAAGGGCGGCUCCGGGCAUGGGCGUGCGGUCCUAGGACACUCGCUCCCGGAGCGCCGAGCAGGAGGCGACUAAAGGACAGGGGACCCGGCGACCCCCGUGAGUCGAGGAGGCGCGGGCGGCCGGCGUGGGACGGUCACCUGGAGCGCAGCGGCCAGAUCUGAACAGUGAUGGCACACAUUUCAGUUAUGAGUCGCUCAGUGAGCUGUGGAUCGACAGAACGAUAAGCAUGCCUGUCGUGAUGUAUGCCGCUAAGCCUCUUCACUACAACUGUGUUCUGGUCAGAGGCCAAAUAAAUGACAUUCAGAACUUCUACUGAGGUACUAUGAGCUUUCGUGGUAACAUGGCCCCUGUUUUCCUUCUACAAGAGAAAUUCAGCACACAGCAGAGUCCUUGAUAAAUUGGAUUAGUUUGAUGAUCCCACUUGGAAUAGACUAUGUCAGAGAAUCACAAUGACCUUGCACAAUAACAGUACAACCUCGCCUUUGUUUCCAAACAUCAGCUCCCCCUGGGUACAUGGCCCCUCGGAUGCAGGGCUGCCCCCAGGAACGGCCACCCACUUUGGCAGCUACAACAUUUCUCGAGCAGCUGGGAACUUCUCCUCUCCCAAUGGCACCACCAAUGACCCUCUGGGAGGUCACACCAUCUGGCAAGUGGUCUUCAUCGCCUUCUUGACGGGCGUGCUGGCCUUAGUGACCAUCAUCGGCAACAUCCUGGUGAUAGUGGCCUUUAAGGUCAACAAGCAGCUAAAGACCGUCAAUAACUACUUCCUCUUAAGUCUGGCCUGUGCUGAUCUGAUUAUUGGGGUCAUUUCAAUGAAUCUGUUUACUACCUACAUCAUCAUGAACCGAUGGGCUUUAGGGAACUUGGCCUGUGACCUCUGGCUCUCCAUCGACUACGUGGCCAGCAACGCCUCAGUCAUGAAUCUUCUGGUCAUCAGCUUCGACAGGUACUUUUCCAUCACGCGGCCACUCACAUACCGAGCCAAACGAACCACAAAAAGAGCCGGCGUGAUGAUAGGUCUGGCUUGGGUCAUCUCCUUCAUCCUUUGGGCCCCCGCCAUCUUGUUCUGGCAGUACUUUGUUGGGAAGAGAACUGUGCCCCCAGGGGAGUGCUUCAUCCAGUUCCUCAGCGAGCCCACCAUCACCUUCGGCACGGCCAUCGCUGCCUUCUACAUGCCUGUCACCAUCAUGACUAUUUUAUACUGGAGGAUCUACAAGGAAACUGAAAAACGCACCAAAGAGCUCGCCGGCCUGCAAGCCUCGGGGACAGAAGCAGAGGCGGAAAACUUUGUCCACCCCACGGGCAGCUCUCGAAGCUGCAGCAGCUAUGAGCUUCAACAGCAAAGUAUGAAACGCUCGGCCAGGAGGAAGUACGGACGCUGUCACUUCUGGUUCGCCACCAAGAGUUGGAAGCCCAGUGCCGAGCAGAUGGACGCAGACCACAGCAGCAGUGACAGCUGGAACAACAACGACGCUGCUGCCUCCCUGGAAAACUCGGCCUCCUCCGACGAGGAGGACAUCGGCUCCGAGACGAGGGCCAUCUACUCCAUCGUGCUCAAGCUUCCCGGCCACAGCACCAUCCUCAACUCCACCAAAUUACCCUCAUCGGACAACCUGCGGGUGCCUGACGAGGAGCUGGGGGCGCCGGACUUGGAGAGGAAGGCCGGCAAACUGCAGACCCAGAAGAGCAUGGACGAUGGAGGUGGUUUCCAGAAAAGCUUCUCCAAGCUUCCCGUCCAGUUGGAGUCAGCCGUGGACACAGCCAAGACCUCUGAGGCCGACUCCUCAGUGGGUAAGGCCACGGCCACCCUCCCCCUGUCCUUCAAGGAAGCCACUCUGGCCAAGAGGUUUGCUCUGAAGACCAGAAGUCAGAUCACCAAGCGGAAGCGGAUGUCCCUCAUCAAGGAGAAGAAGGCGGCCCAGACCCUCAGCGCCAUCUUGCUUGCCUUCAUCAUCACCUGGACCCCCUACAAUAUUAUGGUUCUGGUGAACACCUUUUGUGACAGCUGCAUCCCCAAAACCUAUUGGAAUCUGGGCUACUGGCUGUGCUAUAUCAACAGCACCGUGAACCCCGUGUGCUAUGCCCUGUGCAACAAAACAUUCAGAACCACUUUCAAGAUGCUGCUCUUGUGCCAGUGCGACAAACGCAAGAGGCGCAGGCAGCAGUAUCAGCAGAGACAGUCAGUGAUCUUCCACAAGCGCGUGCCCGAGCAGGCCUCGUAGAGUGGGGUCUUACCAAUCGCGGUGACCAAACGCACGCACGUCGGCCCACAGACCUUAGCAGGGAAUGAGGCGAGGGCGGGGGCGAUUUCUGGGCAUGAUGAAUAUGGUUUUUAUCACCCAGAUAUGGAAGGAGCUGCCUGUUCACUGACCCAUUGAGUAAAUCCAUUUUAAUAGAGAAAGUCAAAUACCAAUUCAGCAAAAAAAAAAAAAAAAAAAAAAA